AGAGUGCACAGCAGGAUUUACUUAAGAGAAGCGUUACGAGUGAAGCAGGUUAACAAUGGUACAUCCAGCAAUUUAUAUCCCAUUCCAAUUCGAUGUGGGUCGUAGGGUGACUAUUCGUGGACAAAUGGAAUCGAAUGCCUUCGGCAUCACUUUGCAAUCGACCGCUGACGUGGAGCCUCGUUCCAACGCCCCACUGCACGUUGCUGUUCGACUGGUGAAUGAGACCAUCACCCGUAAUGACUGGUGUAGUGUACAAGGUUGGAAACAGGAGGAAAACGACGGUGGUUGCCCGAUUACGGCGGGGUCCUUCUUCGAAAUCCAGAUUACGGUCAACCGAGACAGCUAUGGCAUAACGGUCAAUGGGCGUCACUUCAGUGAUUUCGCUCACCGACAACCCUUCGAUAUGGUGCGGUUCAUUCACCUCACCGAAGGUGCCCAAGUGUUUGCCGUUGUGAUGGAGUAGG